UAUCUCCAGAAGGUCAUUGCCAGUACAUGCAUAACUACAUCUGGUGGAACAGUACAUGUUCACCAUUAUGAAUAUCCAUACUACCUUCUACCUUUUAUCUUUUUUGCUGAACUGUUCAUAUCUUCCCCGAAGUGAAGCUGGUAUUAUUAGUUGGUUGAAAAGUUCAAGUGGCUUGAAGAAAAAUGAAGUUCUUGGACCGCCCAACAAAGAAAACUCUAAUGGAGAUAUUGGACUGCCGACGAAACAAGAAAAGCGGAAUGAAGAACUUGGACUGCCCAGUCAAGGGAAUGCUAAUGGAGGCACAGAACCACCCUUGAAGCAAAAUUUAAAUGAAGGUACUGGUUCACCCCCCGAGCAAAACUUUAAUCAAGGUGUAGGAGAACUUCCUACCAAACCAUAUCCCAAUGGAGUAAUUGGACAUCCAUUUCCCAAUGCAGGCAUUGGACAUCCACUUUCCAAUGCACACUUUGGACAUCUUUUUCCUAAUGCAGAUAUUGGACAUCCACUUCCCAAUGCAGACUUUGGACAGCCUUUUCCAGACUUUGGACAGCCUUUUCCAGACUUUGGACAGCCUUUUCCAGACUUUGGACAUGCAGGUGGACCUUUUCCGAAUGCAGGCAUGGGCUUCUUCAACGAUCCUCGUUUCCAUGAAGGCUUUGGGCCUCAAUUUCCAAAUGCAGGCAUGGACAAUUUCAACGAUCCUCGUUUCCAUGAAGCAUUUGAUCAACAGAACAUUGGAUAUUCCAAUAUACAGAAUGAAGGAUCGAAUCACAGACUUACAUUCUUUGAAGUAGAAAUGAAACGGUCGAGGGAAAAUAAUGCCAAUUGCAAAGAGGAAGUAUCCAUUACACUUCUGGCUAAAAACCAAAAAAGAUGGUUUGAGUUACAAUGUUUGGAAAAUGGAAAUCAAAGUAACGUAAUGGAAGGACGUGACGGUUCAGUUUUGGUGGGUCAUCUAGAGACGAACUUCUUUGCUUAUUUACCAAGAGGGGAAAAGUUUUACUACAGAAUUAAUGGCAAAUGGAAAGAAGGUAAAUUCGGCCAAGAUAUCGCAAUGGACAAGGAGCUUUCGGAUAGUGAUAUAUCUCAAGUCCAGCAAAAGAUCGAAUCUUCUUUCCCUUCACGUUAAAAAAGGCAAUCAAUGACUUGUUAUAACACAUUUAAGUCUGAAUAAAAAUUUUUUGACACCAUGCUUUUACUUGAAAAUUGAUGGUAAC